GGUAAACACACACUUUGACCUCAACUUUACGAAAUUCACUUGGACACGAGUCUCAUCAGACUCUGUAGGAUCUUCGAGUGCUCCCAGGUUCUCCCAAGUUCUCAACUAUGAGCACUUUUGUGACUCUCUCAUCGGGGCAGAGGAUGCCCAUGGUUGGACUUGGCACCUGGAAGAGUGCUCCAGGACAGGUGAAGCAGGCAGUGCUGGCAGCUUUAGAAUGUGGCUACAGACAUAUUGACUGUGCAGCUGCGUAUGGCAAUGAGCAGGAGGUUGGAGCGGCUCUGGCUCUUUGGGUGGGUCCAGGGAAGGCCCUGCAGCGUGACGAGGUGUUUGUAACAUCCAAACUGUGGAACACCAAGCAUGACCCUGAAGAUGUUGAAGAGGCAUGCAGGACUUCUCUUGCCCACCUGGGUCUCUCCUACCUGGAUCUUUACCUCAUGCACUGGCCCAUGGCCUUUAGGCGGGGGAAGGAGCUGAUGCCUCGACGAGACGAUGGGAGCAUUUGUUACUCUGACACACACUACAGAGAUACUUGGAGGGCUAUGGAGAAACUUGUGGACAAAGGUCUUGUUAAGGCCAUAGGACUGUCCAACUUCAACGCAAGGCAGAUCGAUGACAUCAUCAGCAUUGCCAGACACAAACCUGUGGUUAACCAGGUGGAAUGUCACCCUUAUUUGUCUCAGGAAGACCUUCUGUCACACUGUCGGUCUAAAGCAGUCUGUGUGACGGCUUAUAGUCCUCUAGGCAGUGGAGACCGACCCUGGGCUUCCCCCGAUGAGCCAAGUCUGCUGAAAGAUCCACGACUCGAAGCCAUUGCCCAGAAAUACCAGAAAUCUUCUGCUCAGGUUGUACUCAGGUGGCACGUCCAGAGGGGUGUGGUAUGCAUCCCCAAAAGUGUGACAGCCUCCAGAAUCCAGGAGAAUUUACAAGUGUUUGACUUUUCCUUGUCACAAGAGGACAUGAAGCUGAUCAAUUCCUUAAACCGCAACACCCGAUUUAUUAUUCCAACCGUGGAGAAGGAUGGCAAAAGAGUGUGGAGAGAUGGAGAACAUCCUUAUUUUCCCUUUCAUGAUCCUUAUUGAGCCAUCGUCAUUUUAAAGAUGGUUCUCAAAAAACCGACAUAGCAAAAUAAAUGAAUCUGAACCUUAAA